AACAUACUGAUGACGAUAACAAAAACAGGAAGCGAGUCCUACGGAAGCUGGCUUGGGCCGAAAACAAGGGACUCAGAGUCUGUGGCCGCAGCCCGGCAAUGAAUGGACGCUGCGAUAGCGCCCACCAGAUGGGACGCGCAGGCUCUAGCGAGGAUCGGAGCGCCUGAGCCGCAGGCUGUUCAUUUUCCGCACCAUGGAGGACGAUGCGCCGGUGAUCUACGGCCUGGAGUUCCAGGCACGGGCUCUCACACCUCAGACUGCAGAAACAGAUGCCAUCCGAUUUUUGGUUGGGACGCAGUCUCUUAAAUAUGAUAAUCAGAUCCACAUCAUAGAUUUUGAUGAUGAAAACAACAUUAUAAAUAAGAACGUCCUCCUCCACCAAGCGGGUGAAAUCUGGCACAUUAGUGCCAGCCCCUCAGACAAAGGGGUGCUGGCUACCUGCUACAAUAAAACUCCCGACAGCCGUGUCCUGGCAUGUGCGGCCGUGUGGAGGAUGCCCGAGGAGCUGGAGUCCGUUGGCCACGAGUCCCCUGACGACUCGGCCAGCACCACGCAGACCCUGGAGCUGCUGUGUCAACUUGGGAGUGCGGCCCCUGGCAACGUGGCCUGUGUCACGUGGGAGCCAAUGGGAGAUGGGAAGAAAGUCAUUUCUCUGGCCGAUAACCACAUCCUGCUCUGGGACCUCCAGGAAAGCUCUAACCAGGCCGUGCUGGCCGGCUCUGCAUCCCUGGAAGGGAAGGGACAGCUGAGGUUCACCUCGGGACGCUGGAGCCCGCAUCACAACUGCACCCAGGUGGCCACUGCCAAUGACACCACGCUCCGUGGCUGGGACACGCGCAGCAUGAGCCAGAUCUACUGUAUCGAGAACGCCCACGGACAGCUGGUGCGCGACCUCGACUUCAAUCCUAACAAGCAGUACUACUUAGCAAGCUGUGGGGACGACUGCAAGGUGAAGUUCUGGGACACCCGGAAUGUCACGGAGCCUGUCAGGACCCUGGAGGAGCACUCCCACUGGGUGUGGAGCGUCCGCUACAACCACUCCCAUGACCAGCUGGUGCUCACCGGCAGCAGCGACAGCAGGGUUAUCCUGUCCAACAUGGUGUCCAUCUCCUCGGAGCCCUUUGGCCACCUGGUGGAUGACGACGACGUCAGUGACCAGGAGGAGCACCAUGCAGAGGAGAAGAGUAAGGAGCCGCUGCAGGACAAUGUCAUCGCGACCUAUGAGGAGCAUGAGGACAGUGUGUAUGCCGUUGACUGGUCCUCGGCUGACCCGUGGCUGUUUGCAUCCCUGAGUUACGACGGGAGGCUGGUCAUCAACAGGGUUCCCAGGGCGCUCAAGUACCACAUCCUGCUCUAGCUCUUUCUGCGGCGUCCCCGUCAGUACCCGGGCACAGCCUCAGCUCUGCAGCCAUGGAGGUGAUUCCUUUGCAGAUCUGUCCCUCUCCAUAGUCUAACAGCAGCUCCGUGGGUGACUUGGACCAGCCCCUGCCCACGGGCCCUGCUCAGUGCCCACUCUGCCUCUCUUUCCCCACCAUCCUGUGCCCCAUGCUAACUCGUCUUUUUCCUGAGAUUACAAAGGAAAUAAAGUGAGCAGAACCUC